ACGGACAGAUGCUCGUACACAAAGCCCUAAAUACGAUUCGACUUAGAACAUUUUGUUGAUUUUUGUUUACAAACUCAAAAUCAAAAUCAAGAUCAAAGAUGGGGAAGUCGAUGCAAGAUCUUCACGCUGCAGCUCGAUCAGGUGACAUCGUUGCCGUACAGACGAUCAUCACCUCUAAUCCGUUGUCUGUCAACUCCAGGGAUAGACACUCCAGAACACCACUACAUUUAGCAGCAUGGGCUGGUCAGACACAGGUGGUGAACAUCCUUUGCAAGAACAAGGCAGACAUUGGUGCAUCUGCCAUGGAUGACAUGGGUGCAAUUCACUUUGCUUCUCAAAAAGGUCAUUUAGAGGUGGUAAAGACACUUGUAUCAUCUGGAGUUUCCAUCAAAACUACAAAUCGCAAGGGCAUGACUCCACUUCACUAUGCUGUUCAAGGAUCUUACCUUGAUCUCAUCAAGUACUUGGUUAAAAAAGGUGCAAAUAUAAGUAUAAAAAAUAAAGCUGGGAAGAGUGCUCUAGAUCUUGCAAGUAAUGAAGAGAUCCUUUCAUUGUUAAGUUCUCCAACCGAAUCAAAAGAAACAGAUAAGAAUGGCACUGACUCAAAGACUGAAGAUCAAGAAAGUCAACCGAAAACAGAGAGUUGUGAAAAGGAAGAUGAUGGAAAACAGAAAGAUGAAUCAGUGAAGAGAAAGGUUCAGGAUGAUGUUGGCAAUAAUGUGAUUAAUGUAGGGAUUAAGAAGACAAAAGUUGCUCUUAAUCAUCUUAUAACAUCAGAUGACACACAAGAAGAGGAGGAUUAGAAUUGUUUAUACGUAACAUGAGAAAUAUGGUCACAAGAAGUGUAGAAGUUGAAUUGAUGUUUUAGCUUUUGUGUAGACUAUAUACAUAAUAUGAGAAAGUAAAACCCUAAUGUAGUGUCUGAUUUGAGAAACUGUUGAG